GGCUUGCCUAUAUUAAUUAUAUACUUUAUCUUGUGAACCAAGCCACGAGCAAGCCUCACAAGAUUUCUUUUGACCAAGAGAAAAGAAAAAAGCUUUAUCUUUCUUGUUUGUUUGUUUUGGGUUCAUCUUCACUAGGUUUACCUUUCUGGGUUUUCCUUGUAUGUUUCAUCAUUUCCAUGUAUAUUUGAUACUUCUUUUCUUCUGUUCUUUUUUUCUGGGUAAUUAGAAAGUAGAGUUUUAGUUGAAACUUGUGGCUUUUCUUUUUUGUUCUGAUUGUUUGUUUUCUUCAAUUGUGCAAAAGGAAACAACAGCGCAAUCAGGGAUAAGAUUUGGGUGGUUUUGGAUUGCUUUAGGAAUGGCAAAGAGUUACUUCAAGCAAGAGCAUGAUCUGGAGAAGAGGAGGGCAGAGGCUGCUAGGAUUAGGGAGAAAUACCCGGAUAGGAUCCCGGUGAUUGUGGAGAAAGAGGAGAGGAGCGAUAUCCCGAACAUCGACAAGAAGAAGUACCUUGUCCCAGCUGAGUUAACUGUCGGGCAAUUCGUAUAUGUCAUCCGUAAAAGGAUCAAACUGAGUGCUGAGAAAGCAAUAUUCAUAUUUGUGGAUAAUGUCCUCCCUCCAACUGGUGCCAUUAUGUCUGCCAUAUACGAAGAGAAGAAGGAUGAAGAUGGAUUUCUUUACGUUAGUUACAGCGGGGAGAACACAUUCGGUGAUCAGAUUUCUCAGUAGCCUUCGGUAAAUUCAUUCCUGAAGUUGCUUUUAUCUUUCCCUCAUUUCACCGUAACCAUGAAUUACCUCUCGCAUUACCAUUUUCGUUGUUGAGCCGUGAAUUUCGUUAUCACUAGUGUUAUAUUAAGACCUGGUGACAAUAUGGUGUACAGCCGAAUAUUGUAUAUAAAUUUAAGAAUUCCACUCAAUAAGUUCUUUUU